CUCCACGAUAACAACGGCACUUAGACUAUAGAUCAGCCAUUGCCUCGAGUUUCUCUUCAAUUCCUCUUUCUCGGCCCCCAAUACAAAAACCCUACAACCGGGUAACCGCCACCAUGUCCAAGAAUGCACCAUCCAAGAUCAUCGCCCGAGGUCCAUUGGACCCUAGCGAAGCCAAAUGGGCCCGACUGGUCAAAACGACCUACGCCGACCCCAACGGCGUCGAACGAACCUGGGAGUCCUCGGAACGGACGACGCGCCCUGCCACCUGUGAGAUCGAUGGCGUCGGGAUCGUGACUAUCCUGAACAAGGAAACCGGGCCCGAACUGCUCCUGCAGAAGCAGUACCGGCCUCCCAUUGACAAGAUUGUCAUUGAGGUGCCCGCUGGGCUGAUUGAUGCCGGCGAGACGGUGGAGGAGUGCGCCGUGCGGGAGCUGAAGGAGGAGACCGGGUAUGUGGGUGUCGCGGAGCAAACGAGUAGUGUGAUGUUUAAUGACCCUGGCUUCUGCAAUACUAAUCUGAACAUGGUCCAUGUCCGGGUGGAUAUGUCCUUGCCCGAGAACCAGAGCCCGAAGCCGGAGCUGGAGGAUAAUGAGUUCAUUGAGUGCUUCACGGUGCCUUUGUCGACGCUGUUCGAGGAACUGAAGAAGCUCGAGCGGGAGGGCUAUGCUAUUGAUGCCCGCGUGGGCACGAUAGCAGAGGGUAUUGAACUUGCGAAGAGGUUUAAGCUUUGAGGUAGUGGUGGAGGACUUCAGAUUACGAAAGGGCCUACGCCGACUUUACGAAGCCUCAGAGACGUGGGGGCUGCUGACAACCUCCUCUCGUCUGGAGGUGUAUAUGUCGUGGCUCUAGAGUUUCCCCUCUUCUCUCAGACCCCGGUACAGAGCCCACGCGGCGAGGGUCUUCCCAUCCCGCAGACCUUCCUUCCAUAGAUCCUUCAAUGGCACCACUUUCAGCGUU